AUGUCCUCCCCUCCACAAGAACCCUCGCAAGAACCCUCCCAGGAACCAACCACGCAACAAUCAAAAUCAAAAUCUACCCUCACAAUCCUAACCUACCACUGUCGAUUCUGCAACCAUCUCCUCUUAGCAACAACACAGAAACUAUCGACCCUUCCUCGACGAAAAGAACCUGCCAAGGAUUCCGCACUCAUUCUCCCCCUCCUUCUAUCUCCCUCUCCCUCUUUGGACACGACUCAAGGGAAUGACGGCAAAGGCUCCACGGAGAAUACGACAGAAACGCAUCAAAAACACUAUACGAUUCUUUUAUCCACUGCAUUGCCGGAACGGAAAGCGACCCUGGUGCGAAGGGAGGAUGGGUUCGAAAAGAGACGGUUUGUGCGCUGUGGGCGGUGUCGCGUCGCGGUGGGGUACUUUUUAGAUGCGGUGCAUUUCCCCGUGCAGAAGGGGCGAAUAAAUGAGGAGGAUGGGGAGGAUGGGGAAAGCGCUGAGGAUAGGGCCAAGGUGGUGUAUCUACUGCCUGGCGCAUUGGUGGACACGGAGUCAAUGGGCGAUUCUGUGAAGACGCUGGCGAUGGAUAGGGAGUGGACGGGGUGGAUCCCUUAA